AUGGACGAUGACGGUAUUACGUACGUAAAAAGAGGUAAUAAUGUGACCUUUUCCUACGAAGAUGGUUCUGAUAGAUUUCAAAGAGGCGAACUUGGAUUAUCAAAUAGUUAUUUGUGCGGAAAUUUAAAUUAUUACGGCUCUAGUAUGAUUUCAUCAAUCGAUUUUUACUUUAAGGGUAUUGAACAAGUUCAAAAUACGGAAAUGGGAGGAAGAGCAAUAACAAACCAGACCAGUACUCGUAAAUUAAUAGAGAAGAGGUUAAAAAUUAAUUUUAACGGAUCUAGACAGAUAAAAGACUUUCCUUUUAAAUUCCCAUUACCUUCAAACUUGUCAAGUUCUUUCAAGAUCACCAAUCAGAAUAAUUUAACUCAAUUAAUUGGCCAAAUAAAUUAUACUUUACGUGCAACAAUUCAUACAACAAAUAUAUUUCAUCCAAAAGAUAAUGCUGAGAUAAAUUGUCCAUUAGAACAAGUAUUGUUUCGCAACAACAUACCUAAUAUAAAUGUGGACGGUACGUAUAAUGAUCCUCGAGAUAAUGAGCCUUUAUUUGAUUAUUCAUUUCAGAUUCCAGAAUAUUUGGGUCUUGGGAGUCAAAUUAUCGUCCCAAUUAAUGUUACAUUCAAUGACACCGGAAUUAGGAUAGUAAGAAUCGAAAUUUCUUUGAAGAGAGUGACAGAGAUAUCAUUUGAAAGGAGUGAAUCUCCGCUCAAAAGUGUGCAAAAAUGCCGCACAGUUCGUAAAGAUCCAUCGAAAAUUAUAAACAAUAAACUUUCUCAAGAACUUCCUUUAUCAAUCCCACGCAAAUUACAUACAAGUUAUUCUGGCAUGUACAUAAAUAUUCAUUAUAAACUUUGUAUAAGCUUUUUAUUAACCGGUAAGGAAGAUCUGGAUAGUGAUUUUUACCAGGAACAGGAUGUGAUAGUGGCAAAUAUUCAAGAUCAGACAGAUGACCGGAGCUUUAUCCAAUCUGAAAAUGAUUUUUCUCGUCCACACAGUACAAAUCUAAUUAAUGAAGCAAGAUCUGAUGAAGCAAGAUCUGAUAAUGCAGACGAAUUUACGGUUCAAGAACGGCAUGAGCAUGAUUUUCUAGUUCAAGAGCAUAGAAGAUCGAAUUCACAAUCUAGGACUUCAACAUCUUCCAAUAGAGAAAAUUUGUAG